AUGCUACGAUUCGUUGGCAUUUCACUCCGACAAAGAGCUCAUCUCUCGUGUCUAGCACCCACAAUUGGGGAAAUCUUUACUCAUCCUCCAAAAGUCGACUCGCAAGUCAUUGCUCGUGGCCAUAUCAAGUCUAUUCGCUCAUUCAAGAACAUUGGUUUCAUAGAUAUUUCUGACGGGUCAUCAUUUCUGACGCUAAACGUGGUUUUCCUGGAUCCAGACCACGUGUUUGAACAGAGCAAAUUCAAGGUCGGCCAGAGUGUCGUUGUGAAGGGAAAAUGGAUCGAGUCUCAGGGUAAACAAAACUACGAGCUCCAAUAUGACAGAAAUGAUCCCUCUCACGAAAUUCUGGUACUUGGAGACGUUCCCGAUAACUACGCUAUUCAGAAGAAACACCAAACACUUCAGUAUUUGCGUGGAGUACCUACUCUCCGCCAUAGAACUGGUACAUUGGCCUCGGUGAUGAGAUUCAGAUCCAACGUGGAACUGGCCAUUAUGAAAUACUUUUCCACCAACGACUUUGUCAAAGUUUCUCCACCGAUGGUGACAUCUUCUGACUGUGAAGGUGCUGGCGAGAUGUUUGUUGUAACACCUUUGAACAACAACUCUAAGGAGGUAAAUGAAAAGUUCUUUGGAAAGGAUGCAUACUUGACAGUGUCCACACAACUCCAUUUGGAAGUGCUAGCACUUUCGCUCAAUCGAGUAUGGUCUUUGAGUCCAUGUUUUCGGGCGGAAGACUCGAACACCAAUAGGCAUUUAAGUGAGUUCUGGAUGUUGGAAGCCGAAAUGUGCUACAUUGAGAAGGUGCAUCAAUUGACCGAUUUCGUUGAGAACAUGAUUCGUCUGGUGGUUCAGCAUAUACAAGACGAUACGUCACAAUACAAACUCGGAGGAGUGGAAGAUUUGCACAAGUCACGCUACUCAAAAGAAGAAGUGGACAAAAUGACCACCAGAUGGAACACCAUCCUUUCAGAAAAGCCAUGGCCAUCCAUCACCUACACUGAAGCCAUUGAUUUGAUUAAUAAAAUCAAAAAUAAGGGCCGCCUGAAAGGUAGAGUGGCGUGGGGAGAUUCAAUUCUGACAGAACACGAGAAGUGGUUGGCAGGUAGUCAUUUCCAAUCGCCAGUGUUCAUCACAGAUUAUCCCGCCGAUCAGAAACCAUUUUACAUGCCACCUUCAGAUGCAAGUGUUUUUGAUCCAGAAAGGCCUACUGUCGCUUGUUUCGAUUUGGUUGUUCCAGAUAUUGGUGAGUUGAUUGGAGGCUCAGUGAGAGAGCAUAGGUACGAGCCACUAGUGGCAGAAAUUGAAAAGCGAGGAAUGGUGGCGGAGACUUUGGACUGGUACCUCUCGACUAGAACUAACGGAAGUGUUCCACAUGGAGGAUUUGGCAUGGGUUUCGAAAGAUUGAUUGCCUAUCUCGCAGCCAUGGAGAACAUCAAGGAUGUGACAGCUUUUCCUCGAGCACCACAGUUAAACGUCAAAGAACAGCAGGAGUUCCAGCAGAUUGUCGAGCAGAAGCAGAUGAAGGACUUCAUGAGAUUGUACUCAAACUUGGUCUCUAGAUGUUUCGAUGACUGUGUCAACGAUUUCACCUCGGCCAACUUGACCAACAAGGAGACUUCUUGUAUUGCCAAGUGUUCUGAGAAGUUCUUGAAGCACAGUGAGAGGGUAGGCCAGAGAUUCCAGGAGCAAAACGCUAUGUUGAUGCAAAACAUGCAGAGAAAGUAA